AUGGAGGAACGUCAAGUCCAUCUUUUGCGAGUCUGUCCUGGAGGCCCAGAUGGUGAUGGUACACUGUCAGUUAUCUCAAGCGACAGGCGCAUAUCUGAUGAAAUCCAGAAUGCACGCACAAACAGAAAGGUGAAGACGCUGAUUCCGAUCGAAUCAAUUACGAGGCUGAAUGAGUUGGAGCUGGAAUAUGGUCUUAUCAGGAAGAACCUUGGCAGGAUCAAAAGCAAUAGUGUUUGUUUGUAUGCCACCGACGAUCACAAACCGUACGAGUACGAACUGAGGGAGGUUCCUGAGAAUUGGAGGGAUUGGGAGGAGACUGCGAGUGCUUUGGCUUUUGGGGUCUUGUUAAAUGGUGCGGUCUAUGACCCUAACCAGAUGCUUAAUAUUAGGCAGCGUUUGGACGAGGACCGUCAUCGUGAGAUUAAUUUGAAGUUUAGAACAUGGGGCAGUAGUGUUAAUGGCCUCUGGAUUGGAGGUACAGCUGAGUUUGAGACUGAGAAGAGAGAGACUGGAAAGUCAAAGAACUGGGAGACCGAUCCUGAAUAG